AUGUGGCCUGGUGUUUUAGCUUACUUUUUCGUCGGUAAAAAAAGAAAACGUUAUAGAAGGGCUCAUCAAGUAUCUGCUCUUCCCCCCUCAGAAGAACAACCCCUUGCUCAUGUGGACGACGGUGGUCCACAUGAAUAUAUUUUAGUAAAGGAAUGUAAGCAACCCACAUCAGCACAAAAGAAAGGAAGGAAGAAGCGUGCUGGUCGUCGCCGUGUUGGUCGCCGCAUGAUUAUUGAUAUUCAUUUAGAAGUCUUAAACGAAUGUCAAAAAGGGGACCUGCAUUUGACAAAAGAUGACUUUUUUGAAAUUUUGGUUGAGCAAUUUAUGGGAUCAAAAUUUAUGAAAGAGGAAGAUGUUCCUAAGGAACAGGUUCCAUGUUUAGAUUCCGGGUUUAGGAAGGAAGAUAUUCCUAGAGGAGAAGUUCUUAAGGAAAAUGUUCCUAAGGAAGAUGUUCUAUGUUUAGUUUCCGGGUUUAGGGAGGAAGAUUUUGUUCCUAAGUAA